AAUGUGCCACAUGUCUCCAGCAUGAAGCCUAAUCAAGUGGUUUGUCAUUUCGCCUUCCUGAGCCUCUACUGCGUACUGACUGCAGUGCGGGAGUCAGAAGGAGCUUAUGUUCCAGGAAGAUGUUUGUGCCCACAGACGCAGUCAGGUGUCAGGGGACAACUGAAAGAGCUCACAGUCUACCAAAAAAGUGCCACCUGUAACAACGUGACUGUCAUAGUAACACUAAAAAGGAACAGUGCAACUGUUUGCCUGGAUCCAGAGGCGCAGAUGGGCAAACAGCUGAUUCGCUGCUGGAAUAGAGCUACAAAGUUGAAUCGUGAUGUGAAGCUGUGUCUUAAGAGGAGGAGACGAAAGGGUGGUCGGCGCCAGAGGCAGCAAAAGAGGCCACAGGGUCACAACAGGAGGGCGUUAUCCUCCGACUCCCAGUAGUUCUGCAGGUUGACGAGUCGCAUAAAGCCACUGAGUGUACAGACUGAUUCGUGUUGCAUUGUGGGCUUGUUGUCCUUUCUAUAAAUGUUAUGAAGCUCAGAUAUUAUGGAGUCUGAGCUGCAAAUGUCUAAGAAGCAGGAAGCUUUGUUUUUUUUUUUGUAUAUGUGCAAAUUACUAUUUUAUUCCUAAAAACUAAGCCCUGGAGGCUUGGCAUAAAUGGUGACAGGUUAAGUUUUAAAGCACUGUAAAGUGGUCUGUGCACUAUUUAUGUGUAGUUCUGUCAAAACAGCUGGAAAACCAUGUAUUAGUAUAGCAUUGUUGGUUAUUUAUUUUUAUAUGAAAAUCCCAAAACGUGUUUUUUUUUUUU